AUGCCUACCACUGGCAAGGCUGUCGGGCUCUCAGUCCUCGCCGUGGUAUCUGCCUUAGCCUUCUGUGUCAUUGUUCACCGUUCCUUAACCGGUCGUUCCUCCCCAGGCCGUGUCAACCCACAAGAUGCAGUCGAGGAAGGACUUCCGGAUCGAGGAAUGACUCCAGAUAGGUGCUGCUAUUCGCUCGAGCCGCAGCCUCGUUAUCACCACCGUCAAUCUUUGCCAUCAAGCGUUAGAUGUCUCCCUAAACCACUUCUUUCCCUCCAGACAUCACUUCGACCACUUAAAAGACCUAUAGCUGGACUCCCUUCUCUGCCACCAGCAGUCCUUCAGUACGGAGUGUUUCUCCCCCCUCCGUUAAUAAUGGGACUGGCUGCAAUUGGGAAAAUGUUUCCUAUUCCCUUUUACAAUGGACGAAUCGAGCUGCAUUUGAACCCUACUAUGAGAAAGUUCUGGAAGGAGGAUGGGGACAAGGAGGAUGAAACUCUGGAUGAACAUGGAGCCAAAGUACUCACCCUAUCGGCUAUCAUGCAUCAUAGGAAUACUAACGAGGAGGAUUUACUGCCUUGGGGAAAUUUCCCCAUGCAUGAGAUUAUAAGCCAGGAUCCAGUGAAGCUAUGGGCAGAGAUCAAGGAGUAUAUUCGAAACCAACGUUAG